GCCGCUUCUUCUUCUCCGACCAAGAUGGGUGCCGGUUUCCUCGUUGGCUUCAUCGGUGUUCUAAUUUUAUCUCACGCUACCUAUUCCACAAUCCAAUAUAGGGCUUUGCUCAAGAUUACUGAGGAAGAGUUUUCUGGACCACCCAUCAACGUUGUGAUUGAAUUGAUAGUUAGUUUAGUGUUAUGCUUGUGGGCUGCACUUGCUGCCCCUGGAAAAUUCAAGUCAAUCCAUCCUCAAUCUGAGGAAAACAGGGUGGUCGCUUUGCCUGCCAAUCUGGAUUUUAUGAUCUUUAAUCACCGCGGAAAAAUAUUUCCUUUGGAAACCGAGUUGAAAUUGAAGUGAUGGGGUGACAUUCAGCAUUCAUGAACACAACGAACUGCCAGACCAGCGCGUCUUUCACUACUGUUCUUGGAGAGGAUUGUUUUAGACAGUUUUCCUAUUACACUAAUUUGAUUACUUGAGCAGCACUAGUUGAACUGUGGAAUGUUAAUUGCUAGAGAGCAGACGGAAAGAUAUUCUCAGUUGCACAUUAUCAUUUUUGCUUGCUUAAAUUUUAAUUUUUGUAUGUUACUCGAAUUUUCAAGACAUAUCUCAUAGUGUCUAUUAGCAUUUAUUCUCUAUCUAUGCAAAUAUGAACAUGGUCUUUGAAAACGA